AUGAACGUUGUGUCAAGGUGCAAAGUGUACUCUUUGGACCAAUUUACAAGUCCAUACCAGUAUACAUGCGAAGUCAACGGUAAGAAAUGUACCAGGAUUCACGUCGUACAGGAAUCUCUGCGAGGAAACGGUAAAACAAGAACCAUAGUGAACACAGUGCGCGAACAAUGUGAGGGGAACGGACUAAUCUUGAACAUUUCUUCGAUGCCCCGGAACGACCACAACGACAAUGACUUGCUCGAAACAUACCCGGAAUUCCAACAGACUAAUCUUUCCAUGCUUCAGUUCGAUUCCUUUAUUCAAUUUAUGUCUCAAUUAUGUACAGAUCCCGUGACCGCAUUGUCUAGAUGCCAACCGCAGAAUUCGGAAACGUCUACAUCGAAGCAGUUGGCAUGGGUCCUCAUUGAUAAUUUGUCGCACUUAUCCAUGGACCCCAAAUUCGACGCCAAGUUGCUCAACAGAUCAAUUAGACUCGUACAACAGACUUUCGGUUCUGUCGUUAUCUCUACAAGUUUGCCCUUAUCGUUCCAUGGUGGUAUAGAAAGCACGUUUAAACAUCAAUCAACAAAAUGUGCAAGUGGUGACCGUCUGUUACCCUAUUUCAAUGAAUCCGACAUUAUCCUAUAA